CCACACCAUGCUCUAACUGAUUGGCGCAACUAGCGAAUCACCCAACUAGAAGUUGUGGCAGAUUUCUUCUUGUGCACACACUUGCCAUGCCCAUGACCACCAUGCCUCCGUUCCGGGUCGAAAUGGCUGCAGCAAGCUUCCUUUUGCUAACCAUCAUCCUAGCCAGCACCACCAGCGCCACCUCCUCCUCCGUCGCCAUCAAGGCGAGCCGAACAUCCAACGGGGGCUGCAUCCCGGCCGAGAGGGCCGCGCUGCUCUCCUUCAAGGCCGGCAUCACAGGCGACCCGGACAAUCGUCUCGCUUCAUGGCAGCAGGGUGCGCAUGACUGCUGCCGGUGGAGUGGCGUCACCUGCAGCCAUCGGACAGGCCACGUCGUCAAGCUCGACCUCCACCAAGAUAUUCCAAUGGUGUAUUACUUAUCUGAUGAUGACCCUGAGAACCACUCACUGCGUGGUCAGUUAUCUCCUUCUUUGCUUGCUCUCACACGCCUCAAAUAUCUCGACCUUAGCCAGAACUAUCUCCUCGGAGAUGCAAAGGCUAUGCCGGGGUUCUUGGGCUCUAUCAAGAGUUUGACUUAUCUCAACCUCUCCAAUACGGAUUUUCAUGGUCUAGUGCCUCCUCAGUUAGGCAACCUCUCCAACCUAGUACAGCUUGACAUACAAGGUAAUAUUUUUGGCGGUUAUCAAUACUCAAAGGAUAUAUCUUGGUUAACGCGUCUUCGCUCGCUAGAGCAUCUUAACAUGGGCUCCGUCGGCCUCCCUGAAGUCGUCGACUGGGUCCAUAUGGUCGGCGCACUUCCUAAUUUGGUUGUACUGAUUCUGUUUCAAUGUGGACUUACUAAUAGUAAUGUUCCAUCCUCGUUUGUACACCACAACCUUACACUUCUUGAAGUGAUUGACCUCACUGGUAACCAAUUCAGCAGUCCAGAUACACCCAACUGGUUAUGGAAUGUAACUAGCCUCAGGAGCCUGCGGUUAGUGGAAUGUGGAUUAUCAGGCACGUUUGCUAACAAGCUCGGAAACUUGACCUUGUUAGAGAAUUUUGCCUUUGGAUUCAACAACGUUGAUGGAAUGAUACCACGAGCACUGCAAAAUAUGUGUCAUCUAAGGUCUCUAGAUCUCAGCUUCAAUAACAUCAGCAUGGACAUAAAAGAGUACAUUGACUUAUCUGAGAAUUAUUUGGAAGUUAUUAUUGGCUCGCAUUGGGUACCUCCGUUCAACUUGGAAUCAGCACAGUUAUCAUAUUGUAAUUUGGGUCCCAAGUUUCCUAAAUGGCUUCGAUGGCAGAAGAGCAUCGGUGAACUUAUUAUUCCAAACACAGGUCUAGUUGAUAGGGUCCCAGAUUGGUUUUGGACUACCUUUUCGGAAGCUACAUGGUUGGAUAUCUCCUUGAACCAACUUAGCGGAGACUUAUCAUUCAAUCUCGAAUUCAUGUCAAUGACUACACUUUUAAUGCAAUCAAAUCUACUGACAGGUUUGAUACCCAAGUUACCAGGUACAAUUAAGGUAUUGGACAUAUCCAGAAACUUCUUAAAUGGGUUUGUAGCAGAUUUAGGAGCCCAAAAUUUGCAAGUUGCAGUUCUGUUUUCCAAUGCUAUAUCCGGGACUAUUCCGACGUCUAUUUGUCGAAUGCGGAAAUUGCGGAUCUUAGAUCUUUCAAACAACCUGCUUUCAAAGGAACUUCCUGAUUGUGGCCAAGAAGAGAUGAAACAGCAGAACCCUUCUGGCAAUGACUCUUCAAAAUUCAUUUCACCGAGUUCUUUCGGUUUGAAUAUCACUAUUCUUCUUCUUAGCAACAACAGUUUUUCAAGUGGAUUUCCUUUGCUUCUACGACAAUGUCCAAGUCUUAAUUUCCUAGAUCUAACCCAGAAUAGAUUCACCGGAGAGUUGCCUGGGUGGAUCAAUGAAGCCAUGCCAGGUUUGAUUAUGCUACGGUUAAGAUCGAACAACUUUUCUGGUCACAUUCCAGUUGAAAUAAUGGGACUUCACAAUGUUCGAAUUCUGGAUUUGUCCAAUAAUAAAUUUUCUGGGGCCGUACCGCAAUAUAUAGAAAACUUGAAAGCAUUGAGUAGCAAUGAGACAACAUUUGAUAAUCCUUUCGAAGAAGCAUACGAUGGUGAGUAUCGUUCCGCUCAUAUAGGAAUGAUCAAUGUUAGCAUCACAGUGGUCAUGAAAGGGCAAGAGCUUGAGUAUGGGGACAAUAUUGUAUAUCUGAUGAGCAUUGAUUUGUCUUGCAACAAUUUGACUGGACAGAUCCCAAAUGAACUAAGCUCCCUUGUUGGUCUCAUAAGUUUGAAUUUAUCAUCAAACUUGUUGAGUGGAAAUAUCCCAUAUAAUAUUGGCAAACUUCGAUCAGUGGAGUCCCUUGACCUCUCAAGGAACAAACUAGGUGGUGAAAUCCCUCAGAGCUUAUCAGAUUUGACAUACCUGAGCAAUCUAAACUUGUCAUACAAUGAUCUGUCUGGAAGAAUACCCUCGGGGCAUCAAUUGGACACCCUCAAGGCAGAUGACCCAGCUUCUAUGUACAUUGGCAAUCCUGGUCUUUGUGGACAUCCAGUUUCAAUGCAAUGUCCUGGUCCUGCUACAGGUCCUCCAACCAACGGAGAUCCAGAAAGGUUGCCUGAAGAUGGCUUGUCUCAGAUUGAUUUUCUUUUAGGAUCAAUUAUUGGUUUUGUGGUGGGCGCUUGGAUGGUGUUUUUUGGACUUCUCUUCAUGAAGAGACGGAGGUAUGCUUAUUUCGGGCUACUCGACAACCUAUAUGACAGGUUGUAUGUCAUUUCUGUUGUUACUUGGCGAAAAUGGUUCGGACCACCGGUGUGAAUUAAGCAAGAACUAUCAAAGAUACCGCUACAAGAUUAAGGGCCUGGAAAACUUAUUUCUAUAUUGUAUCAUCAAACACUUUACCAUUUACUAGAACUUAUUGGUGCAUCGUAUUGUAUCUUUGUACCGCCGGGGGAAGUUGCGCGUGCCACAAGGUUUCGUCUCAUAAAAUAGAUGUAUCCUGCUAUGGCAUGCCCAUUAAUGUUGUAUAAUACUAUUCAAAACUACUUGGAUUUCUCCUGCUAUGGCAUACCCAUUAAUGUUGUAUAAUACUAUUCAGAACUACUUGGAUUUCUCCUGCUAUGGCAUACCCAUUAAUGUUGUAUAAUACUAUUCAGAACUACUUGGAUUUCUCCUGCUAUGGCAUACCCAUUAAUGUUGUAUAAUACUAUUCAGAACUACUUGGAUUUCUCCUGCUAUGGCAUACCCAUUAAUGUUGUAUAAUACUAUUCAGAACUACUUGGAUUUCUCCUGCUAUGGCAUACCCAUUAAUGUUGUAUAAUACUAUUCAGAACUACUUGGAUUUCUCCUGCUAUGGCAUACCCAUUAAUGUUGUAUAAUACUAUUCAGAACUACUUGGAUUUCUCCUGCUAUGGCAUACCCAUUAAUGUUGUAUAAUACUAUUCAGAACUA